AUGAUCAAAUUAUUUUCUUUUGUUUUGCAGCUGCGUCAAGAAAACAACUUACAUAAAUCUUCAGUGAUGGUUACUGCAGGGGCAAAUCAGGCAUUUGUGAAUUUAGUUCUCACAUUGUGUGAUGCUGGGGAUUCUGUAGUUAUGUUUGCACCAUACUACUUCAAUGUGUACAUGUCAUUCCAGAUGACAGGUGUUACUAACAUUCUGGUGGGUCCUGGUAAUCCAAAGACACUUCAUCCCGAUGCAGACUGGCUAGAAAAGACUUUGCGGGAAACUAAACCAACCCCAAAGCUUGUUACUGUCGUUAAUCCUGGAAACCCAUCCGGAACUUACAUUCCACUGCCUCUUCUCAAGAGGAUUUCAGAUCUCUGUAGGGAUGCAGGAUGUUGGCUUGUUGUAGAUAGUACAUAUGAGUACUUUAUGUAUGAUGGCCUCAAACACUCGUGCAUGGAGGGCAAUCACAUAGUCAACAUUUUUUCGUUUUCUAAAGCUUAUGGAAUGAUGGGAUGGCGAGUUGGAUAUGUGCAACCCUUUUGAGUACGUGAU